AUGGACAGGAGCAAAUUACCAAAACCUUCAGGGUUAAGAAUGCCACAAAUAAGAUCUGCAAACAAUGAAAAUCAACCUAAAAGCAACCUACUCAAACCUACUCAAAUGUUUCUUAAAAGAAAAUCAAAAUCGUACUCAGAUCUGUCGACCAUUGGUAAUAAUCACAAAAACACAUUUAAACCAACAUUACAGCCACUUACAUCUAACGGAAUAAAUAAACCAUCAAUUUCAACAACAAACACUAAAAUGAGAAGAAGAUCAAAAUCUAUUACAGAUUUAUCAAAACCAAUAGUAAAAAAACCACUUACAAGGCCCCCUGUUGCAACUACAUCUAGAGCACCCGUUAAAAGGGGAGCCACAGAUAAGAUGCCAGAUGAAUCAAAGCCCAAAGUUAUGAAACAGCAAAAAGUUGCCAGUUGGGAUUACAAGGGCAAAUUUAAUCAAUUGAAUGAAAAAUAUCUUGCCUUGCAAGAAACUAAUAAAAAUAUGAAAGAUAAAUUGUCAGAGCUUUCGGAUAUUGAAAUCAACUACGAAAAAAUCCAGGAAGAUAUUGAACAGUUACACACAGUAAAAUUGGAGUUAACCAGAUGCAACACAGAUUUAACUGCUGAAGUGAAAGCUCUUAGAGAAAGCAAUGGUAAAUAUUCUUUAGAGCUUGAAACUCUAAAAGAAAACCAUGACAAACUUACAUGUUCACAUAAAAAAUUGGUGGAAGAAGAUAAAAUAAACAGAGAAACAGUAGCACAUUUAAAACAUGUAGAAGAAGAACUAGAACAGUUAAAAAUUCGAUAUGAAACCCUGAACAACACCCAUGGUAAACUGAAAUUGGAGUAUGAUAGCAACAUUAUUGAUAACGAGUAUUUAACAAGAUCAUUCAAUAAGGAAAAAGAUGAUAAUGCUCAACUGGUAAAAGAAGUGGCACAACUUAAAAAUCUCCUGCAAGAACACAACGCAUUGAGACGACAAUUACACAACACUAUUCAAGACCUCAAGGGCAACAUCAGGGUGUAUGCUCGGGUGAGGCCGCCCCUAAAAAACUCGGAUGAGGAUGACAAACUGCAGUGCAGCAUCAGCUACUUGGAUGAGUCGUGUUUGGAGAUACGUAAGACGAGGGAGAGCGUCAGCGUGUCCGGCAAAGUGGUCGAUUGCAAGGCGGAAUUUAAAUUUGACAAGGUUUUUGCGCCGGAAAGCACGCAGAGCGAUGUUUUUGAGGAGCUGGCCCAGCUUGUGCAAUCCGCUUUGGACGGGUACAAUGUAUGCGUGUUCGCCUAUGGACAGACGGGAUCCGGAAAAACGUUCACCAUGCAGGGCGGGAACGAACCAGAAUUGUAUGGUAUGAUUCCUCGAACAAUUGACCUACUUUACUCAACAAUCGAACAACUGGAAUCCUCCGGUUGGAAAUACACAGUGCACGCGAGCUUCCUCGAAAUCUACAACGAGAACAUCAGGGACCUAUUGGAUCACAAGAGCACAAAAACGUGCGAGGUCCGUUUUAACGAGGGCAAAGGCACCACGGUGACAAACUUGACGAUCCAACCGAUGGAAAACGCCAGCGACCUGAAACACUAUAUGACAAUAUCGCACAGAAAUCGCGCAGUUGCCGCUACGGACUUUAACACGCACAGUUCGCGGUCACACGCCGUCACGAAAAUUUAUCUGGAAGGCACCCAGCAAGAGUCUCAAGCGGUGUUUCAGGGCUCGAUUAAUCUGGUGGAUCUUGCUGGAUCAGAGAGCGCAAAGACCAGCUCAAACGACAGACUAGUCGAGACCAAGAACAUCAAUAAAAGCCUUUCCACCUUGGGCAGUGUUAUGUUGGCUCUGUACAACAAGGACAAUCACGUUCCCUACAGAAACUCCAAGCUGACAUAUUUGUUGCAGUCCUGUCUUGGAGGCAACUCAAAAACACUAAUGUUUGUGAACAUUUCCCCAUUCGAGGAAUGCUACAUCGAAAGCAUCAACUCUCUACGGUUCGCGGCCAAAGUUAAAGAAGUUAAGUUAGGUUCGAAAAGAAACAAAACUAUAGUUGCCAAACAAGUUUAG